AUGGCUUCUCGUGGAUUCUCUAAGGCUCUGCGGACGCCAAUGGCCCGCCAGCUGGCAGCUCCGGCUGCUGCUGCUCAGCGCCGCACCUUUGUGGCUGCUGCAGGCCUGGUCCGUGCGAAGGCUGCCGUGAAGGCUGCUACGUCGACCAUGACUGCCCAGCAGCAGGUCCGUGGUGUCAAGACCAUUGACUUUGCCGGCUCCAAGGAGCAGGUGUGGGAGCGUGCCGACUGGCCUCGUGAGAAGCUUCUGGAGUACUUCAAGGACGACACGUUCGCCCUGAUUGGCUACGGCUCGCAGGGCCACGGCCAGGGCCUCAACCUCCGCGACAACGGCCUCAACGUCAUCAUUGGCGUGCGCAAGAACGGCAAGUCGUGGAAGGAUGCUCUUCAGGACGGCUGGGUCGAGGGCAAGAAUCUGUUUGAGGUCGACGAGGCCAUCAGCCGCGGCACCAUUGUCAUGAACCUGCUCAGCGACGCCGCACAGUCGGAGACGUGGCCGGCCAUCAAGCCGCAGCUGACCAAGGGCAAGACCCUGUACUUCUCGCACGGCUUCUCGCCCGUGUUCAAGGACCUGACCAAGGUGGACGUGCCGACGGACAUUGAUGUGAUCCUGGUCGCGCCCAAGGGCUCUGGACGGACGGUGCGAUCGCUCUUCCGCGAGGGCCGCGGCAUCAACUCGUCGUUUGCCGUCUACCAGGACGUGACGGGCAAGGCCGAGGAGAAGGCGCAGGCGAUGGGUGUGGCGAUCGGCUCGGGCUACCUGUACAAGACGACGUUUGAGAAGGAGGUGUUCUCGGACCUGUACGGCGAGCGCGGCUGCCUGAUGGGCGGUAUCCACGGCAUGUUCCUGGCACAGUACGAGGUGCUGCGUGAGCGUGGCCACAGCCCGUCGGAGGCGUUCAACGAGACGGUCGAGGAGGCGACGCAGAGCCUGUACCCGCUGAUCGGUGCCAACGGCAUGGACUGGAUGUACGAGGCGUGCUCGACGACGGCGCGGCGUGGCGCCAUCGACUGGUCGCCCCGCUUCAAGGAUGCCCUGAAGCCGGUGUUCAACAGCCUGUACGAUUCGGUGCACGAUGGCAGCGAGACGAAGCGGUCGCUGGAGUACAACAGCCAGCCUGACUACCGCGAGAAGUACGAGGCUGAGAUGGAGGAGAUCCGCAACCUGGAGAUCUGGCGUGCCGGCAAGGCCGUCCGCUCUCUGCGCCCGGAGAACCAGAAGUAG